GCGUUUGGGAUGGAGUCUUCUGGGGCUUGCCGGACCUUGGGAAGGGCCAUUAUUCGCUGAAGCAUUCCAGGGCGGGAGCCCCAAGUCUCUUCUGCUUGGAUAAGGCCAGCCAGCUGUGGGAGUGAGUCUCUGGUUAGACUUCUGCUGAAGGCCGAGACUCUCACACGGGAGACAGUGUUGUGUUGUGGGGUGCUCCAUGUCACGAAGCCACAGACAGGAGAGACUUUGGACAUUAGGGUCAAAUGAGAUGUGAAAGAGACAGCCUGAGUGGCUGUGGCCACACAGGCCUGGAGGCAGGAGACUUCUUGACAGUGGAGCGGGGGUUUCUAAGGGAAAGUCUGAGAAGCUCCCACACCGGGAGGGGAAGGGCUCAGAAACUACUCCGUCUAGGAGUGGAGGCCAACGUCAAAGCCAGCCUGUUCCCCAGAAUGCCUGGCUAGCCUGGAGCAAGGGCCCGCAGCCCUGCCUAUGUGCAGGGUGGCGUGCCUGUGUGGGUGUGCUGGAGGAGGAGGAGGAAGCAGAGCCACCAUACCAUGGCCGUGCGGGCUGUGCGGGCUGGAGGGCGUACACACACACACACACACACACACGCGCACACACACACACACACACACACACAGGCACACAGAUGCGAGCGGGCUGGAGGGCGCACACACACACACACACACACACGCACACAGAUGCGAGCUGUGUGAAUCACCCAGCCUGUGAGUCAGCCCCCAGGAUUCCUGUUGGGGAAUGAGUGAGACCAGGCUGAGGUCUGUCAGUCCAUCUGUUGGUCUGUCUGCCUCCUUCCCCUGUUGGUGUGGAUGCGUGUGUGUGUGUGUGUGUGUGUGUGUGUAUUGUAGGAGGUGGUGGGGAAGGUACCUAGUGCUUGGGAAGGCUUUGGGCAGAGGUGGGAGUUUGACACAUCAGGCCAUGGAUUUGAACAUUAGUUUGGAGGGAGGGAGGUGCUGUGUCUUGUGCAGAGAUCCUCCUGGAGACCGUCCUCCGCCACACGGCGCUCCACAGGCAGGGCUGGAGGGCAGAGGCCAGUUUCUGGGAUGCCUUGGAGGGUCAGUGGGAGGGAUGAUGACCCUGGCUGGAAGCCCACCUGCCUGCCACUUAGAGCUUUCUCAUUUCCACUCCAGGCUGUCUGUCCCCAGACCCCAGAGCACCUCCGGCACCACCAUGACUGGGCUGUUGAAGAGGAAAUUUGACCAGCUGGAUGAGGACAACUCCUUGGUCUCCUCCUCCUCCUCUUCUUCUUCCUCUGGGUGCCAAUCUCGCUCCUGCUCCCCAAGCUCAAGCUCUUCUGUCUCCCGUGCCUGGGACUCAGAGGAGGAAGGCCCCUGGGAUCAGAUGCCCCUGCCUGACCGUGACUUCUGUGGCCCCAGAAGUUUCACCCCCCUGUCUAUCCUGAAGCGGGCUCGCCGGGAGCGCCCAGGCCGUGUAGCCUUUGAUGGGAUCACCGUCUUCUACUUUCCCCGUUGCCAGGGCUUCACCAGUGUGCCCAGCCGUGGUGGCUGUACUCUGGGUAUGGCCCCUCGCCACAGUGCCUGCCGCCACUUCUCUUUGGCUGAGUUUGCACAGGAGCAAGCCCGUGCACGGCACGAGAAGCUCCGCCAGCGCUUGAAAGAGGAGAAGUUGGAGAUGCUGCAGUGGAAGCUUUCGGCAGCCGGGGUACCCAAGGCAGAGGCAGGGCUACCACCUGCGGUGGAUGCCAUUGAUGAUGCCUCUGUGGAGGAGGACUUGGCAGUCGCUGUGGCAGGUGGCCGGUUGGAAGAAGUGAGCUUCCUACAGCCCUACCCAGCCCGGCGACGUCGAGCUCUGCUGAGGGCUUCGGGCGUGCGAAGGAUCGAUCGGGAGGAGAAGCGGGAGCUGCAGGCACUGCGCCAAUCCCGGGAGGAUUGUGGCUGUCACUGCGAUAGGAUCUGCGACCCUGAGACCUGCAGCUGCAGCCUAGCAGGCAUCAAGUGUCAGAUGGACCACACAGCAUUCCCCUGUGGCUGCUGCAGGGAGGGCUGUGAGAACCCCAUGGGCCGUGUGGAAUUUAAUCAGGCGAGAGUUCAGACCCAUUUCAUCCACACACUCACCCGCCUGCAGUUGGAACAGGAGGCUGAGAGCUUUAGGGAGCUAGAGGCCCCUGCCCAGGGCAGCCCACCCAGCCCUGGUGAGCAGGCCCUGGUCCCUGCUUUCCCACUGGCCAAGCCCCCCAUGAACAAUGAGCUGGGAGACAACAGCUGCAGCAGCGACAUGACUGAUUCUUCCACGGCAUCUUCCUCAGCAUCAGGCACUAGUGAGGCUCCUGACGGCCCUACCCACCCAGGCCUGCCUGGCCCUGGCUUCCAGCCUGGCGUUGAUGACGACAGCCUGGCACGGAUCCUGAGUUUCAGUGACUCUGACCUCGGCGGGGAGGAGGAGGAAGAGGAGGAAGGGAGUGUGGGGAACCUGGACAACCUCAGCUGCUUCCAUCCAGCUGACAUCUUUGGUACUAGUGACCCUGGUGGCCUGGCCAGCUGGACCCAUAGCUAUUCUGGCUGUAGCUUCACAUCGGGCAUCCUGGAUGAAAAUGCCAAUCUCGAUGCCAGCUGCUUCCUAAAUGGUGGCCUUGAAGGGUCAAGAGAAGGCAGCCUUCCUGGCAACUUAGUGCCACCCAGCAUGGACGCUGGCCAGAGUAGCUCAGUGGAUCUCAGCUUGUCUUCUUGUGACUCCUUUGAGUUACUCCAGGCUCUGCCAGAUUAUAGUCUGGGGCCUCACUACACAUCACAGAAGGUGUCUGACAGCCUGGACCACAUCGAGGCACCUCACUUCCCCCUGCCUGGCCUCUCUCCACCUGGGGAUGCCAGCAAUUGCUUCCUGGAGUCCCUCAUGGGCUUCUCCGAGCCAGUCGCCGAAGCCCUAGAUCCCUUUAUCGACAGCCAGUUUGAGGACACUGUCCCAGCAUCUCUAAUGGAGCCUGUGCUGGUGUGAGGACCAGGAUGCCUUUUCCCAGCCCCAAGGGACCUGUUGCUGCUUUCUUGUAAUUGUGGGGCUCCCCAGAGUCUCUGUAACAGUCUCCCACUGGCUGGCUCACUCACAGGUGCCAUGCGCACACUCCUGGUUUUCAUACAGUUCUCUGGGUUUAUUUAUUUGUUUUAACUUUUCUGUACUGAAGAGAGGAUUGGGGGGAGGGGCUUCCUGUUUCAGCUGCCCGGACCCCCACACCCACAGUUUGCUCUUCCAUCUCCACAAUGUGAGCCUGGAAGAGGAGAAAAUGUGGCUCCUCUGGAGCUUGGCAGACCACUUUUCGGUCUUUGCAUGAUGUUCCUUAGCCCAAAGACGGUGAGACAGGGCUGAAAUCAGGUGGCUUCUGCCAUGCUGAGCCCUAGACCCAUGGGUGGCUAAAUCCUCUGGACUGUGAAGACUAUAAUUUAUUUCCAUAAUUUAUUUGGAGAUUGAGGAGGCUUUGGUUGCACCUCUCUGGCUGGUGGGUAGUGCCGGGGUGGGGUGGGCACAGGCCCUCAAGGAGCCCCUUUUGCCUUGUAGUCUUACACCUUGCCCUGCCUGGGCUUUGGUGCAGACUGGGUGUGGAUUUGAGCUCUAUGAUCUAUGUUUGCUGCCUGGCUCCUGGAUGGCUCUGCAGGCAGGUGCUGGCCAAGGACAUCAUCUAGGCAGGGGGAGAGGCUGGGCUAACCAGCUGUGACCAAAACUCCCUUCUGCCCCACCCUGCCCCCUCCACUUCCUGCCCUCUGUUCCAUCUUCCCCUUCCCCAAAGGCCGUAGCCUUUAUUCCAGGCCCAGGGAUGUAGGAGGGGGAAGGAGGAAACAGGAGGCCCAGAGAGGGCAAAGGGCCUACCUCGGGCGCGAACCAUGCCCCAGACUAUUAUCUCAGGGCUUUCUGGGCACUGCACUUUGGCCUGGCCCACCUGCCCAUGCCCUGAGGCCAGUUGGUGAGGGGUGGCUCCUGAGGGCUUUUAUACCCUUUGUUUGCUAAUGUUUAAUUUUGCAUCAUAAUUUCUACAUUGUCCCUGAGUGUCAAAACUAUAAUUUAUUCCAUUUCUGUGUCAGUGCCAAGAAACGCAGGCUCUGGGCCUGCCCCCUUGCCCAGGAGGCCUUGCCAGCCUGUGUGCUUAUGGGAACACCUUGUACCUGAGCUUACAGGUACCAAUAAAGAGGCUUUAUUUUUAA